AUGGCUGAUCAUAAAUCAAAAUUCAAGUGUCUUACUAGACAAGCGGAAAAGAUUGCUCGAAUUGUUGAUUAUGAUGAGGGUGAUCAGCAAAAUAUGCAAAUGAAUCAAGAGGAUGUGAUGAACAUGCCCAGAGAUAUGGGCGGUGAUAUGCAUUUUGAAGGAAACAUGCCUCGAGUGAUUCGACGAGACCAAAAUGCAGAUGAUGAGGCGUUGGCUCGAAUGAGAGCCAAUCAACGUGGUAAGAGAUACCAGGUUACUAGAAUUUUUGAAGAUGUGCUUAAUAGAGUGGGUUUCAACGUAGGUUUCAUGAAUCAAUCGUAUUUUGUUUUUACUUUUCCUACUGUUGUGCAAGCAGCAGAAGUGCCUAGGGGAAUGAAAAAUCCAAAAAUAGUAACAAAGUUUGCUAGUGAAGUUGGUGAAUCGACCACUGAGCAUAUUGUUCGAUACAUGGUUGAGUUAGAAAACUUAGCGAAUGAUGAAAAUUUAAAGUUUUUUAGAGGAGAGUUAAAUGUAACAGUCACUGACUUAGUAGCUUUGAAACGCGAGGAUGAAGAAUCAAUCGAUGACUUCAUGAUUCAUUUAAAAAAUACUCGAAGUCGAUAUUAUGUGUCUCUUCUUAAAAAUGAAGUAGUGAAAGUAGCAACUAUGGGUUUCGACUUUUAUAUGCGUCGAAAGUUGAUUAAUAUUCAUAUACCUGACUUGGCACAUUUGGCAGAAAGAGUGCGUCAGGAAUUCUCAAGUGAGGAAUCUGAUUUUGUGUUUCCUGAAGUUGAUUUGGCUAAAUUAAAGAAAGGUCCACCUUAUGUAUGCUCUUUACUUAAGAAAAUUGCAAAUGUUGAUAGAUCUAAUGAUACAAAAUAUAAGAAUGGAAAGAAAUAUAGCUUCGAUAUUUUAAAAUAUGAUCAAAUAUUUGAUGUGUUACUUAAAGAUAAACAAUUAGUUUUGCCUAAGGGCAAAACAUUGCUUUCGACAAAAGAUUUAAAAGGAAAACCCUAUUGUAAGUUUCAUCAAGCAACUAGCCAUUCAACUAAUAAUUGUGUCCGUUUUAGAAACUUGAUUCAAGAAGCAAUUAUGGAAGGGAGACUAAAGUUUGAUGAUGGAAAAAAAGACAUGAAGGUUGAUUCUGAUCCCUUCGAUGCUAGCGCAAACUUUUCAGAGCCUUUUUUGGGGUCAAUAUGGUUGGUUUUUCUUAUGAGUUCGAUACUGAUUUGGGAGAUUUCGAAGCUAAUGUCCGAGCAGUAUAUCUAG